AGGAAGAGCCAGAGGCAGUUCUCGCGAGACUUGUCGGGCGAGAGCUGGGCGGUGAUUGGCAGGCGGCGCUGGGGAGGCUCCCGUCUCUGCCUCAGCUUUCUCGGGCGACACCGCCGCCAUUGUCAGUUUCGCGAGCAGCUGGAGAGGAAGCGGAGGAGGAGGAGGAGCAGGAGGGAGAAGCAGACGCCGAAGAGCGGUCGCGGCGGCCCAGCAGUAUACAGAAAAUGGACUCAAAGCCCUCAAGAAUUCCACGAAGGGUAUCCGUUCAGACAUCCAGUUCUCGAAGUGCUAGGACAGGAUCUGGAAGUGGAGGAACUAAUUUAACUGACUCAUAUCGUACAAGAGAUUCUCCAUUGAGAUCGGAAUCUGGAUGCCAGGAAUCUAGCCGGUUGCAUAGUUCCAGUAGAGACUGGACAAUUGGAGAAAGAGAAGCAUAUGAAAGCCCAUGGAAGCUUCCAACUUCAUCUUCUGCUCACUACUCAGGAACAAUUGAUCGUCCCUGGUCUGGAAGAUUUUUGGGAAGCAGAAAUAGAUUGGUAAGAACUUCUGCAUCAUCAUCUUCGCCUCUUACAUCUUCUUGGUUUGGUGACUCUGAAAGAACUCAGGGAGCAUAUUCUUCAAGACUGCAUAACCAGCAACAGGAUUCUGAUUCUAAGAGACCUAAACUUUCAUAUACAUCUACCUCUAGUGUGAGAAGUAAUGGUUUAAACACUGUUUCAGAUUCCCAUUGGAGGUACAGUGAAGUCCCCAGAUCGUCAUCUGUGGUACUUGGAUCAUUAGGAACUGAACUUGUGAGAGAAAGGAGAGAACUAGAAAGAACAGACCCAUCUGUUAGUAGGCUGGUGGACUGCCAUAGGAGUGGUGAUUUCCCAUCUUCAUCAUAUCUUCAGGAAAGAUCUGCUUCUUCAUAUGCACAGGGUGCAAGACCAAAAGAAAACUCUCUGGCCUCUUUGAGGCUGAACACAUCCAUGAACCGCCAGUUGCCUUCUGAACAUCAGUCGUCAUUACUCUCUAGAGAACAUAGCUGGAAUUCAAGAGCUAACUAUGUUCCAAGAGAGUUGGGCUCUUCUGAAAGGAAUAUACAGUCAGAGAUCGUCCAUAGUGCCAUGCGAAGCGGAAACAAUUCGUUGAGCAGUUCUGAAAGAGUUAUGCCAUCACAAAGGUCAUUAAGUGAACCCCCUACAGAUACCGAAGGAAGGCGUUCAACAAGGCAGUUAUUGUCGCGUUUAGCCUCUAGCAUGUCCUCCACAUUUUUCUCCAGAAGAUCUAGCCAAGAUUCGUUGACAUCUAGACCUGAAGAUUCAACUAGUUCAAGAACCCAAACCUCUACCCAGGCAAGUGCUGCCAACACAGCUACAGGUUCUUCUGAAAGUACAGAAGUUCAGGCUCCUGAUGCCUCUCAGGGAUUUAGCUUUCUUCGGCGACGAUGGGGCCUGUCGAGUGUUACACCAAGCUCACAUGCUGAUUCAGAAACUGAAAGUUACAGGCAUGAGUCCGAAAGUAGAAAUUCUGGUUCCUGGCUAUCAUCUUCUCUCAGGAACAGGUGUACACCAUUGUUUUCGAGGAGAAGAAGAGAAGGGAGAGAUGAAACUGCAAGAACCUCUACCUCUGAAGCACCUCCUAGAUCUUUGCAUCUUUUUAGGAGAAGAGAGUCCAGUGGGGAGGCAUCUCUUGAAGCACAAAGUGAAUCCAUAAGGCCCACUACAAGGCCUCCGACACCUGCAGUUCCUAGUAGUGCUUCGUCUGUUGCCUCUGGGCCAGAUUCAGUGCAUGGUAGAAGGAAUUCAGGAAUAUCAGGAAUGUUUCCUGGGUCUCUUUUCCGGUUUGCAAUGCCCCCAACACUGGGAAACAACUUGUCUGACAAUGUUAUGAUAACAGUAGAUAUAAUUCCUUCAGGCUGGAAUCAGCCUGAUGGGCAGGAUAAUGAUAAGUCAAAAGUACCACCUUCAAGAGAUCCUGAACGGCUUCAGAAAAUUAAAGAGAGUCUUCUUUCAGAGGACUCAGAAGAGGAGGAAGGAGACUUGUGUAGAAUUUGUCAGAUGUCAUCUACUUCUCCUACUAACCUCUUAAUAGAGCCAUGCAAAUGUACCGGAAGUCUGAAGUAUGUUCACCAGGAGUGUAUGAAGAAGUGGCUACAGUCCAAGAUUAACUCAGGUUCCUCAUUGGAAGCCGUAACUACUUGUGAAUUGUGCAAAGAUAAACUGCACCUCAAUCUUGACGAUUUUGAUAUCCAAGAGCUUCAUAGAGCACAUGCAAAUGAACAAGCAGACUAUGAAUUUAUCAGUUCUGGGCUUUACCUUGUAGUGUUGUUACACUUGUGUGAACAGCGCUUUUCAGAUAUGCUGGGAACUACAAGUGAGGCUAACACACGUGUCCGGCAGCCUCAGAUGAUGAUUCUGAAGAUGAUGUCGGGAGAACACUUGAUACUGCAUAAUUGCAAAAGCAAGGCCUGGAUGCUCAACAGACAUAAGUACCAUCAGUAUACAUUUUCUUAGUAAAACACAUUGAAUACUUUUAGAUUUCUGAAGCAUUGUUGAGUUGAAAAAUCUGUUUCAACCUGGUAUUCAAAGACUUGAACAUUCAGUCUGCAAGAGUUUCUCCUUUGAGAUUAUGACAUGUAUGCCUUCUUCUAAAAUAUCCGAUUUUUAUGUGUAAGGAAAAUGUCUUUUGUAUAAACUUCUUACAGUAAUCAGCUGAAGUUCUGGGAAACAUUUCUCAAGUUUUGCUCUUCUGUUGGCUAAGUGGCAACAUUAAGUGGGUUCUCAAGUCAAAGUCACAGGGAAGGGAUCAUUCUGUAUUCGCUUUUCAUUUAAAAAUAAUUUUGGGAAGUCUCAUCAUUUUGCUUCCAGUGUUACUAACCGAGAUUGAAUGGGGGAGUGAAUGGGUUCUGUGAAGUUAGUGUUAAGUUUCUAAGUUUUUUUUUUCUGUAAUGGCUAACUCAAAGCAAUAAACUUGCAAGGGGCUACUAAUACGCAUUAAUGAUGGCUUUUAUAAGUAUUGAUUUCAAAACUGCGGAUUAUAUUUGAUAAUAUUAUGUAGAUGUUCCAGGAAGUAAUUACAGCUGUAAACAUUGGCAUUUUGUAUUCCUGGAAGGAAUGAGAGUUAUGGUUCAGAAUCUUAACCAAAUUAUUUAUCUUAAUGAACCUUUUUUAGAACCCACAUUCAUUGCUGAAGCACUGGUCAUCAUUGUAUUUUCUAGUGUUGUCACCUGUUUGUUAAAUAAAAAUUGCAAUGCAUA